AAUAUCCAGAAAACAUUUGUUUUUAUUAUUUGCACCUCAGUUCCUCUGUUUCAGAAAAAGAUAAUAUUCAUUCAAGAGUAAUCAGAUUAUGAAAUAAGAUUGUGUCAGAAAAAUCACUUGCGGUAUCAGCAUUACGCAAAACCACCCAUAUUUAGAACAAAACAAAAACUUAUUUUUCCGCGCUGCUGUGCAAUUAUUACCAUUUUCCUUUCCUUGACGUCAGAUUACAGAGGCGAUUUUUAAUGUGUCAAAUCUAUUUGGAGGGAAUUUAAGGAAGUCAGCUGAGCGUGAUGAUUGAGUAUCUAACGUCGUGUUGUAAACAUUCGACUGUAUUCGCCGAUUUGUAAGUUUAAUUUUGCUAAGCGAUAGAAAAUAAACGCAAAUGCUGCCGUUUACGCAUACAAACGCUGCGCUCAUAGCAGAAGACAUUUCUCAAAGGGAAUAUUAUGAAAGCAGUUUUUGAAACAAAAUAGAGCUAUGCUGAGCAGAAUAAAGCAAAUUUUCAAGCAACGGCCUUUGCUGAUGAGUAUGACAUCAUUUGGCUCAAUGUAUGUUACUGCCGAAUUAUCACAACAAAUUGUGCUUUUACAAGUGGAUCCCAAUAAAACUGCUAUUGACUGGAAAAGUGUUAUGAGGUACGCAACUUUUGGAACUGCUGUUUUAGGACCUUGGCUAUUUUGUUGGUUCAGACUUCUAGACUAUUUACUUCCAGCUGCUGGAUUGUGGGCACUGAGGAAAGUAGCUCUUGAUCAACUCGUUGGAUCUCCUAUAGCUCAGUCCAUGUUUUUUACUGGCAUGAGUCUUUUGGAAGGCAAAGAAGAUGUUUUUGCUGAACUGAAAGCUAAAUUCCUAAGUACAUAUGCAGUGAGUUGUUGCUUCUGGUUGCCCGCUCAAGCGAUCAAUUUCUGUUUCCUACCUCCCUACACUAGAGUGGCCUACGUUGGAUGUGCUUCAUUUCUGUGGGUUAACAUCUUAUGCCUCAUCAAGAGAAAAGAGGUCCCAACAUCAGAUUCAAUUGAAACUUCUUCAGACGUUAAGGCGUCUUAGGAAACAACUAAUAUCUAGGAACCAAAACAAAAAUUU